AUGAAAAAUCUAAUUGAUUCUUUUGUUUCCGUGGGGCACUGGUCAUCCGCUGGGAGUUUCGAGUUUAAUACCGAUAUUUUAGCAACAAAUCCAAUAAAUCUAAGCGUAGUGCUGGGUGUAUUGAUUUUUUUUGGAAAGGGAGUGUUAAAUGAUUUAUUAGAUAAGCGAAAACAGAGGAUCUUGAGUACUAUUCGAAAUUCAGAAGAAUUACGUAGAGGAGCCAUUGAACAGCUCGAAAGAGCUCGGGUUAGAUUACGGAAAGUGGAAAUCGAAGCAGAUGAGUAUCGAACGAAUGGAUACUCUGAUAUAGAACGAGAAAAAGUAAAUUUGAUUAAUGCUACUUGCAAUAGUUUGGAACGAUUAGAAAAUUACAAAAAUGAAACUCUUUUUUUUGAAAAACAAAGAGCAAUUAAUCAGGUCCGACAACAAGUUUUGCAACAAGCCUUACAAAGAGCUCUAGGAACUUUGAAUAGUUGUUUGAAUAGCGAAUUACAUUUUCGUACCAUCAGUGCUAAUAUUGGUAUCCUCGGGUCCGUGGAAGAAAUAACUGAUUAG